ACGGUCUGUUAUCGGUCGUCAGUGGAACAUGGCGGAGCGGCAGCAGCCCCGUCUGGAGGGCCGUGUGCGGAUCGGGCACUACGUGCUGGGGGACACGCUGGGAGUGGGCACGUUCGGCAAAGUGAAGAUCGGAGAGCACCAGCUGACGGGCCAUAAAGUGGCUGUGAAGAUCCUGAACAGACAGAGGAUCCGCAGCCUGGACGUCGUCGGCAAGAUCAAACGAGAGAUCCAGAACCUCAAACUGUUCAGACACCCGCACAUCAUCAAGCUGUACCAGGUGAUCAGUACUCCCACAGACUUCUUCAUGGUGAUGGAGUAUGUGUCUGGAGGGGAGCUGUUUGACUACAUCUGCAAACACGGACGGGUGGAGGACACGGAGGCCCGCCGUCUUUUCCAGCAGAUCAUCUCAGCCGUGGACUACUGCCACAGGCACAUGGUGGUCCACAGAGACCUGAAGCCUGAGAACGUCCUGCUGGAUGCCAACAAGAACGCCAAGAUAGCCGACUUCGGUCUGUCCAACAUGAUGUCAGACGGGGAGUUCCUACGGACGAGCUGCGGCUCACCCAACUACGCCGCUCCGGAGGUCAUCUCAGGAAGGCUCUACGCGGGCCCAGAGGUGGACAUCUGGAGCAGCGGGGUGAUCCUGUACGCGCUGCUGUGCGGCACUCUGCCCUUCGACGACGAGCACGUCCCCACGCUGUUCAAGAAGAUCAGAGGAGGCGUCUUCUACAUCCCAGAGUACCUGAGCCGCCCCGUGGCCUCGCUGCUCAUGUUCAUGCUGCAGGUGGACCCUCUGAAGAGAGCCACCAUCAAAGACAUCAGGGAAGACGAGUGGUUCAAGCAGGACCUGCCGGGCUACCUGUUCCCUGAGGACCCCUCAUACGACGCUUCGGUCCUGGACGAGGAGGCCGUGAGGGAAGUGUGCGAGAAGUUUGAAUGCACCGAGUCAGAGUUUGUGUCCAGCCUUUACAGCGGGGAUCCACAGGAUCAGCUGGCUGUGGCCUAUCACCUGAUAAUAGACAACCGGCGCAUCAUGACCCAGGCCAGCGAGUUCUACCUGGCCUCCAGCCCCCCCCAGGGCUCCUUCAUAGAGGAGGGCAUGCCGCUGCCCCCCGGGGUCAAACCCCACCCGGAGAGGAUGCCCCCGCUGCUGGCCGACAGCCCCAAGUCCCGCUGUCCUCUGGACGCGCUCAACACCACCCGGCCCAAACCGCUGGCGGUGAAGAAGUCCAAGUGGCACCUCGGGAUCAGGAGUCAGAGCCGGCCGUACGACAUCAUGGCCGAGGUGUACCGCGCCAUGAGGCAACUCAGCUUCGACUGGAAGGUGGUGAACCCGUAUCACCUGCGUGUGCGGAGGAAGAACCCAGUGACGGGAACCCUGGUGAAGAUGAGCCUGCAGCUGUACCAGGUGGACAGCAGAUCCUACCUGCUCGACUUCAAGAGCAUCGACGAUGACAUCAUGGAGGCGGCGGGCUUUAAAUCGGGUUCGUCCACCCCUCAGAGGUCGGGCUCCACGGCCGGCCUCCACAGGCCCAGACUGAGCAUCGACUCGGCGAGCCAGGCGAUCGACUUCCCCGUGCUCAGCUCCUCCCUCCCGGGGUCUCUGUCCGGCAGCUCCCCUCUGCUCACCCCCCGUCAGGGAUCACACACCAUGGACUUCUUUGAAAUGUGCGCCAGUCUGAUCACCACUCUGGCGCGCUGAGACCGCCGCCGUAACCCUGGACGAAGGGAGCGUAGAUGCUCGGAGUGACUUCCUCUCUCUGUCUCCUCUCCAAAGCCCGUCACCUCAGAUUAAAGGAGACAGAGACAGGAGUCCUUUUUCUCAGAAAGUCAGAUCACUCGCUUCUUGUUUUUUCUUAUUCGGACACAGUUUUUGCGUCAGAGUCUUGGGAGCUUUAAACAUCGGGCCACAGCUUCUGAAAACUGAUCCUGGGACUGGAAUCUGUGAACCAGUGAGAGGCCGGUGAAGUGUCAGCCAAAGGUCAAGUUCACCGUCACUCCUCCCGCAAAUACCCUCAAUCUAUUAUCAACUGCUGAAAUGUCAUCACCUGCCAUAACACUUUCCGCUGCGGGACCCUGCUGAGUUUACCCCCAGACACUGAUCGGAGGUCAGUUCUGCUUCUUGUCUUAUAUUUUGAAGACAUUAACCCUGUGUUCUGAGGGAACGUCACAUGUAAUAAUGUAAAGUAUAUGGUUUGUAAAGAAACAGCUUUUUGUUAUCCCAUGUAUAUUAUAUUUAUAUUAAUGUGACGUAGCAAAAAGGGGUGACUGACGUAUACCAAAAAAACAGACUUUAUACACCAUGAAGAAGAUUAUUAUUUAGAUAUCAGAUCCAUAUUUAUUUUUUAGAGAUUGUUUUUCUAGACACUGUAGUUCUAUUAUUUAAGCACUGCAUCGUAGAUAGAUCGUAGAAGAUGAUUGGACCUAGAGGCAGCGGGUUAGCCGGGCGAUAACUCUGCACGGUACCGACUGCGUCCUGUGUGGAGGCCCAGAUACACAACAUCUCACGUGACGUUCCACAAACACCAUUUAUUAUCUUUGUUUGUGUCACAGCAAACGGACUGGAUCGGUGUGUUUCAAAGAGACUGUGCAUGCGCGACAAUCAUAUCUCUGCUGAUUCUUUUCCAUCAUUUUAAACAUUCAGUAGCUGUCAUAAAUAUGCAAAACACACACAAACAUAGUCAAAAACAAAUAAGAAAUUGAGCGACUGCUAAUAUUCUGCUCAUUCAUGCAUGUACAGAAUGUCAUUUAAAGAAAAGGUAUGCAGGCCUGUGAUAUCAGAUGUCUGUCAGUCUGUCACAGUUUUUAGGGCUACAAUUAUUAACAUUAUUUCUGUUUAACGCUAUUUAAAAUGAGAAAAAUGUGCAAAUGUGAAUUUACAGCCCAACGUGAGGUCAUGAAUUUGAUUUCUUCUUUGAGCGAAAGUUUAUUUCACUUCAUAAAUGACUCCGAAAGUCAAUUUUCAACCGACGCUAGCACUCACAUUAGCAGUAAUUGACUUGAUUAGUGUGUCUGUGAUGGGUAGAUAAUGAGGGUGUUUAUGAUAAUCCAUGUGAGGUGGUGUGUAUCAGCUGCAGGGACAGAAACAAGCCACAGAAACCUUCCUCCAGUUGCCUUAAAGAAUGCAACGCAGCAAUGCUGUGCAUGUGUCUAUGGAGAGAGUGUGUGUGUGUGUGUGUGUGUGUGUAUGUGUGUGUGUGUGUGUGUGUGUGUGUGUGUGUAUGUGUGUGUGUGUGUGUGUGUGUGUGUGGUGGAGAUCAGAUGGGUGGAGCGUGUCACAUGACAAAUCACGAUACUUUGUGUGUGUUUCUUCUCUUUAGCUGUUUGUUUGUUUGUUCCGUCUAAACUGUAGAACUCACUUCCUGUUUUCUCGCAUCACAGGUUCUAUAAAUGUUCUGCAUCGUCUUGUCGGGUCGUUCUGUGGCAGAUUUGUGCAUCGCUGUUGUCGUAGAGUAUUUCUUCAGACUUCUCUUUGUUCGGGAGAAAGCUGGUGCUCAGAUGAAUCCUCCCGUGCGUCUUCUCUUUGGGUUUUGUUGUUUUGAUGGAGAUCACUGGACUGUUUCCUUUCUCCUGCGUCUCCAGUGAAACAGGUUGGAGUGGUAGUAGUACGUACUCUGCUUUAGACUGCUGUCGCUAAUGGGGAAACCCAAACAUGGUCAUUAUUUAAAAUAUUCAAUUUUCUUUAUUUUUAUUAUCUCUGCCAGGCGUAUAACCUUGCGUAUACUCAGCAUGUACAAAGGCAUUAUGUGCAACGUGCUGUUUGUCGUAGUAUUCUCCCCAAAAAACGCCAUCAGAGAGUACAGACAAAGUAUUUUGUGAAAGAAGCAAGAAGUGAACCACGACAUAAACCUAACGAAGAGGAAUUGUAUUUAACUUUAUUAACAUCUAAUUUAAUAGGACUAUUUCAUACGAGCCCUGUAAAGAAAGAAGUCAGUAAUUAAAUGUAUUCAAACAAAAGUUAUAAAAUCCUGUAAUUAAUUAGAUUUGGCUGGUAAAAUAAUUACUCAAAAAUAGAUUUUUUUUUAAGACCGUCUAAAACAAAUGGACAGUCUUCAGACAUGUUAAUGGUGCUUUUAUCAGUAAACUAUUUGCUAAAGUCACAUCUGAAAAGCUCAGAGUAAACACCUUAUUACAUAAAUAUCUGAAAUGAGCUUUUCUUGAAGAAUGAGACACACCUGACAGAACAUUUGAACUCUUCCUAGUAAUUACAUCUUAUCCAUCAUUGUUAUAUCCACAGGCUUGAGGCACGUGAUUGGCCGAAGGGAAAGGAGGCGGAGAUUUGUAAUAAAACUGUCAUGAAAAGUGACAUUUUUAUUUUAAGAGUUAUGGACUUACAUUGCAGAAUAACAGGGAGAGUUUGGCCAUGUUGGAGGUUUGCACACAUCCCGUCUGGACUACGACUAUUCAAACAGAAACAGUGUUUAUGUUCAGGUACUAUCAUUUCAUGCAGAAGGAGGUUGUAGGUUCUUAUCAUCUGCAACAAGUUUGAGUCCUUUUUUUUUUUUUGCCUUAUGGGAGCAUUGUGAAGCCACGUUCUCCGUUCCUCUGCUGAAUCCCUUUAUUAUGCGUGUUCUGUCGCUACGUCAUGUGUAGCGUUGCCUUUUUCUCCGUCUGUACAUCACGUAAAAACACCUCUAAAUAAACGUUUACGUCUCCGUGCUGCCAGAAACAAGCCACCGCACACGCAGCCUCUAGAUCACACUUCAUCAAGGACCGCCCCGCUAUGCAUCCAGGUCCCGGGGUCCUGAUAUAACCAGUACUUACUGUCAUGAUGUACUGCUUGUACUAGUACAGCUGUAUGCAACUACCAGUGGCAUGUUGGUAAACUCUCCUCUGUGUUUAGAGCUGGAAACACUCUUUAAAUACAGACUUUAACGUGUUGUACCAAAGUGAGUAUAAACACUCUGUUUAUCUGCGGUGGGGUUCCUGUGAUCAGUGUCACCGUAAAUACCCCAGUGUGUGUUGUGUGUGUGUGUUGUAUGUGUGUGUGUGUGUGUGUGUGUGUGUGUGUGAAUGUGACGUUGUGUUUCAGCUGUCUCUGUCUGAUUUGGGGUUGGGAUUAUUCUUGUUAUGCACUGCAUGAUAUUGCUGUUAUGAUUUGCACUUUAAUGAGUAUUUAUUGAAAAACAAUAAACAGACAUUUAAAAGGAC